UGUGCUUUUAUUCUGGGCGGUUUGUUUGGACUCGAUCGACUGUAGUGUGCGUUGUCGUGAAAGCUGAAAGCUGAACAGAUCGACUGUUUUACUCAAAUUCAAGCUGUCUGUCUAUUUCGGUUACUUUUAAAGGAAGCAUGGACAACACUGCUAAACGUUUACUGCAGCGACUCGUAAGACGGAUUCCGAGUCAGAUGCUGAAGACAACGCUGGAUAAGUGGAGCCGUUUGACGGCGGCGCAGCGGCAGUCCAUGGAUUAUACCGAAUCAAAAUGGGCGUUAACAGAAAAACUACUUGCCAUUUGCGAGGAAAAUGAAUUGACAGUUAAACACAUAGCUGAACUCGAGAUGAUACAUGUCAUCGAGAAUCCCAACCUGGGCAUGUGGUAUGUCUUCCAGCUCAUGGACCCUCAAGAUGAUGCUCACUCUGUAGAGCUGACACAGUUCAAGGAACAAUUUAAGUCCCACCUCAGUGAGCUAAUAAGACACGUUUCUAUCAAAAUAAAGAAGCACACAGAUGAAGCUGUGUGGAUUCGAAUUGCAUGGGGAGACACCUUUUCUCGCCCCAACCACCUGAAACCCACAUAUGUCGUUCACUAUCUUCAAACCCCUUACGUCUUUCUGACCAGCCCAACUUCAAAACAAAAGCCUCUGUUGUCACAGGCUUUGGUUCUGUCCACCCGAUAUCAAGCUAUUAAGGAUGCUAACCUCAGUGGACGGAAGCUCACUGCCAUCAGAGAUCUGCUUAUGAAGCAGUAUCUGCAAGUGUUUCCCACCAAGUUUCCCAGCCCUCUGGCAGAAAGGAAUUGUGUUGUCUCAAACCUUCACAUAGAAAAAGAGCAAGCUGGGUCUGCAGCAAACAGACAUCAAAUGGCUUGUGAGGCAUUUGGUGAUGGGAUAUUACCUCAACUACAGUCUGCAGUUUACAAGAUACAGAUGUUAACCCAGAUGCUGCCAUGUUCCUUGUUAAUGUUUCAUCAGCUGGAAACAAAAUUCAGAGAUCACACCAAUAAGACCAUGACAGAGCGGGACGAGCCAUUCAAAUGUGUUGUUAAAUUUGCAAGCACCAACCUCCUCGAGUCACUCAGACACUCUGCAUCCUCAGGAGUUGCUUCCACCCCUGUGACACCCCUUCUCUCAUCCGUUCCCUUAAAGGGAAAAAAUUAUUUUGUUAUCACAGACAAUGGCCCUGGACCUUCAUCACAAAUGAAGCCAUCACAGAAAUGACCAUCAGACACUUGAUUUAACUUGUAGCAUGCUCAGUCCAUUAGUCCAUUCAUUUUACUUCAUACUUUAAUGAUGUCAUUGUUAAUAAAACUCUCAAGUCUGUUUCAAUAAGAAAUUUUAUUCCUGUAUUUAUGUAUCUCCAGCUGUAGGUAUACUAGUUGUUGGCAACUCUGUCACUAUUGUUUAUCAGCAUUGCAUAUAAAAGCAAAAUUUUAAAUAUUGCU